CGACAGAACUGGGUUUUGAAUCUCGUGCCGUGUUGUCAGAAAAAUUUGGACUCUCUAGGGUUUCGUUUCUCGGUGUUUUUUCUGAGAAAUUUCCUUGAGAUUCUCCUUUUUGGGUAUCUGAACCUUUGGUUGGAAGAGGUAAUGGUGGUUAAGAUGAUGAAAUGGCGGCCAUGGCCGCCUGUAUUGUCGAAGAAAUUCGAGGUCAAGCUGGUCCUGCGAAGGCUUGAAGGGCUUGUUCCUAUUGUUAUGGUGGAUGGUGAGAAGUCGGUGGCCGAGGUACCGAAAUUAGUGGUGGAGAUCAGAUGGAAAGGUUCCAAGAAUGCUUUGAGUUCUCUGAGGCGUACGGUCAAGAGGAACUUCACCAAGGAGGAGGAAUUGCAUAGCGAUGGAAUUGUUCAUUGGAAUGAGGAGUUUCUCACUGUCUGUAACCUUACUGCUUACAAAGACAACGCCAUCAACCCCUGGGAGGUCUCAUUCACCGUCAUCAAUUGCUCAAAACAAGGACAAAAGAAUAAGGUCCCUGUUGUUGGAACAGCUACUUUAAACAUCGCAGAAUUUGCUUCUGCAGCUGAAGAGAAAGAGCUUGAAAUUAAUAUCCCUCUUGUGCAGCCUGGUGGUGGUGCUGAGCCUCAUCCCAUUAUCUGUCUAUCUCUCAGUUUAUUGGAGUUAAGAACCACCCAAGAACCUGGCGAGAUGAUGCAGGGAUCAAUAGUUCCUGUUCCACUGUCACCCCCACCUGGAGAAACUCUCUCAAUGGAGAAAGAUGAAGUUUCUGCCCUUAAAGCAGGUCUGCGAAGAGUAAAAAUAUUUAAAGAAUAUGUAUCUUCUCGAAAAGUUAAGAAGGCAUGCCAUGAGGAAGAGGGCAGCGAAGGCAGAUGCUCGGCAAGAAGUGAGGAUGGUGACUGUGCAUACCCUUUUGACACAGACUCACCUGAUGAUUAUGGAGAACUAGAGGAUGAGAAGUUAAAUUCUAGUUUCAGGAAAUCAUUCAGUUAUGGCACAUUGGCCUACACAAACUGUGUCAGAGGAUCAUUUUACUCUGAGAAGAGAAUCAAUGGAGAGAAUGAGGACUGGAUUUACUAUAGCAAUCGCAUAUCUGAUGUGGGGUUGUUGAAUAUGGAGGAAUCAAUGGCAUCAGUCUCUCAGCAGUCUCUACAGCAGAGUUCAAGGAGGAGCAUCUUGCCUUGGAGGAAAAGGAAAUUGAGUUUCAGAUCUCCUAAAUCAAAGGGGGAACCACUUUUAAAGAAAGCCUAUGCAGAAGAAGGUGGGGAUGAUAUUGAUUUUGAUCGCCGUCAGCUUAGCUCUUCUGAUGAGUCCUCUCAAGGGUGGCGUAAGGCGGAUGAGGAUUCAACUGCAAAUAGAUCGUCAGUCUCUGAAUUUGGGGAUGACAAUUUUGCUGUGGGGAGCUGGGAGCAUAAGGAAGUAAUAAGCCGUGAUGGACACAUGAAGCUUCACACUCAAGUUUUCUAUGCUUCGAUUGAUCAAAGAAAUGAGCGGGCUGCAGGAGAAAGUGCAUGCACAGCCCUGGUUGCUGUUAUCGCUGAUUGGUUCCAGAACAAUCGAGAUGACAUGCCUAUCAAGUCCCAGUUUGACAGCCUGAUCAGGGAAGGUUCAUUAGAGUGGAGAAACCUUUGUGAGAAUGAGACCUAUAGAGAGCGUUUUCCUGACAAGCACUUUGAUCUUGAGACAGUCCUCCAGGCCAAGAUCCGGCCUCUGUCUGUUGACUCUCAGAAGUCCUUCAUCGGGUUCUUCUAUCCAGAUGGCAUGGAAGAUGGUGGUUUUGACUUCCUGCAUGGUGCUAUGUCCUUUGACAACAUUUGGGAUGAGAUCAGCCAUGCUGGAUCGAAUUGCCCCAGUGAUGAUGACCCCCAGGUUUACAUUGUCAGCUGGAAUGACCAUUUUUUUGUCCUCAAGGUUGAACCAGAGGCUUACUACAUCAUUGACACAUUAGGGGAAAGGCUCUUUGAAGGAUGCAAUCAGGCAUACAUUCUGAGAUUCGACAGAGACACAACAAUCCACAGAUUGCCCAAGGAGGCACAGUCAGAGGAAAAAUCUGCUGGGGAUCAUCAGAAGGUAACAGCAGCUGAAUCUUCAAUUCUGCAGAUCCAGCAGAGCAACACCAAGGAGGCUUCUGCUACCGGGUCAAUAGUUUUAAAACCCGAUGAGGAAUCAGAAAAGAGUGAGGGAGAAGAGAUGGUGGUGUGCAGUGGGAAGGAAUCAUGCAAGGAAUACAUAAAGAACUUUUUGGCUGCUAUUCCUCUAAGGGAAUUGCAAGUGGAUAUCAAGAAGGGACUGAUGGCAUCAACUCCUCUUCAUCACCGACUACAGAUUGAAGUUCACUACACACAGUUUUUACAGCCGACAACAGGUGAACUGGAACAGGAACUGAAGCAGGAACAAAAACCUGAAUCUGAAUCCAUUACUUCAGAAGCCGAAGCAGAAGCAGAAGCUGUAACCACCUUAAUGGCAUUGGCAGUAGCAGAGUAGUAGGAA